AGAAGUAUACAAUAAAGGAUCAUCCCCUAAAAUUUUCCCAACACCCCCGAACACCAAGAUUCGCGAACAGUGAUAUGCUUUUAAGGAUCCCAUUGAAACAAUUUUCAUCGUCGUUGUUGUUGUUGUUCUUGUUCUUGUUGUCGGCAUCAUCAUCAUCAUCAUCAUUAUCGUUGACAACGUUAUCGUUGUUAAUUACGAACAAAUUGUUAUCCGUCUUAUUUGAAUCAUCAUCGUCAUCGUCAUCAUCUUCGUCGUCAUCUUUUUAUUAUUCUACAAAGAUAACUGCCGGCACGUUGUUCCCGACCUUGUCCUUGCUUGUGGUACUUGACCAUCGUGAAGAAGAUCACCAUAACAUUUGGGAGGAUUUCCAACCAGUGGACGUUGUUUUAUUCUCGAAGGAUAUACUAGGAACGUCUAUUAGGAAAUAUAUGUUCUAACGUGUUUCUAUAAUACGGGCCGAAUAAUAUUUUCAAGGGCCAGAUACGUGAUCGACUUUUCAACGAAGGUACAUAAAGAUAAUCGACCAACUGUCACGAAGAUUUAUCAACAAACUGGUUUAUUCUCAUGGCAGCACGGAAACUUGCAGCCCUUUUCACCGCGGUUUUACAACUUUGCUUAUGUCAAUUAGUCCCAGAAUUUGUACCAGAGUUUUUAGCCCCUUUGGAAAAUCACACGGUAAUCCAGGGUCGUGACGUGUCAUUUACUUGCGUCGUUAAUCAUUUACAAACUUACAGGGUUGCUUGGAUUAAAUCAGAUUCUAGGGCGAUCUUAGCUAUACAUACACGUAUGGUUACACACAACCCAAGGCUAUCUGUUACUCACAAUGGACACAACACGUGGAAACUGCACAUAUCAAACGUCCAGAAGAAUGAUUCAGGCAGUUACAUGUGUCAAGUCAACACAGAUCCUAUGCGAAGUCAGAUGGGUUACAUGCAAGUAGUGAUACCACCGGAUAUUAUGGAUGACGAAUCAGCGAAUGGUUUGGUCACACACGAGGGUGGUAAUUUGAGAUUAAGAUGCGUGGCUACUGGUCUACCAAAACCAACAGUCAAUUGGAAACGAGAAGAUGGAAGAAAAAUUGUAUUACGCGAGGACGGACAGAAAAAACUUUUCGACACUUACGAGGGUGAAACUCUGGAACUUACUGGAGUACAACGACAAGAGAUGGGCACGUAUCUCUGUAUAGCCAGCAGUAUUGUGCCACCAAGGGUCAGCAAACGUUACACCGUUUCUGUUCACUUCGAACCACUGAUCAGAAUACCCAAUCAAUUGGUGGGUGCUCCAGUUGACAGCGAUGUCGUACUACAAUGCUACGUCGAAGCUUCCCCGCAAGCUAUGAACACCUGGUACAGGGACUCAGGGGAAAAGCUGCCGCCGAACGACAAAUACACGAUGUCGGAGGAACAGUUGAGCGAUUACUCUUGGCAGAUGAAUCUCACUGUCAAAUCCCUCAAAAAAGCUGACUUCGGUGGAUACGUUUGUUCAACGGUUAAUGCCCUUGGAAAGGCUGAAGGAUGUGUACGUCUCCAAGAAUUGCAAUUAUUCGAUAAAACUACACCGAGUAUUUUGACGAAAAAUACUGAAACUAAAUUACGAAAGAAAUUGACAACCAAGGAGAGGAAAAAAACUAAUGGUGGAAACAAUAGCAACAGACGAAGAGUACACUUGGUGGGUGGUUACGAUUCGGAUUCGAUAGGAAACGAAGACGACCUUGGAACAACGCAAAUUAUGGCUGGUAGUACUUCUCACGAAGGUGGUAAAACUGAUCGACCAUUAACCCUACCAUCCGAUUCACCAUCAUGGAUAGAAAUUAAUUCAGCGAGUUCUAGACAAGGUUCGAUUAUUCGCAACACCGUUUUCAUUUUUCUUAUUUUAUUAAGGUUGAUGAGAAAUUAUUAAAGUUAUUAUCUAAUCGGUUUGAAUAUAAAUUCUCUAACGAAAUAAUUUUUACGAAGAGAAGAGAAAAAAACCCACCCCCACCCCAUCGAAAACGACGAUACUGUCCGUGUUUUGAUUGUCAUGAUUUUUACGUUGCUUCUCGAUUAUUAUUCAUAAAAUAAUAUUUGCUAAAAUAGAUGUGUUCUUUUACUUU